AUGAAGAGAGUUUUAUCUAGAAAUGACUCCUCAGUGGCUGAGUUUAUCCUGCUGGGAUUAACUCAACAGCCAGAACUGCAGCUGCCUCUCUUCUUCCUCUUCCUGGGGAUCUAUGUGGUCACUGUGGUGGGAAACCUGGGCUUGAUUUCUCUGAUUGGUCUGAACCCUCACCUGCACACUCCCAUGUACUACUUCCUCUGCAACCUGUCCUUCAUUGAUCUCUGCUACUCCUGUGUCAUAAUGCCCAGAAUGCUGGUGAGUUUUGUGAAACAGAACAUCAUCUCCUAUGCUGAGUGCAUGGCUCAGCUCUUUUUCUUUGCCUUCUUCGUUAUUGAUGAGUGCUAUAUCUUGACAUCGAUGGCCUAUGACAGAUAUGUGGCCAUCUGCAAGCCCCUGCUGUACCAGGCCACCAUGUCCCAUCAGGUCUGCCUCAUGUUGAUGAUGGGUGUGUAUGCAAUGGGGUUUGUGGGUGCCGUGGCCCACACUGCAUGCAUGCUGAGACUCACCUUCUGUGAUGGCAACAUCAUCAACCAUUACAUGUGUGACAUUCCCCCUCUCCUCCAGCUCUCCUGCACUAGCACCUACGUCAAUGAGCUGGUGGUUUUCAUUGUGGUGGGCAUCAAUGUGAUAGGGCCCAGCUUCAUCAUCUUCAUUUCUUACACCCUGAUCCUCUCCAAUAUCCUUCGCAUCAAGUCUACAGAGGGCAGGUCCAAAGCCUUCAGUACCUGCAGCUCCCACAUAAUUGCUGUUUCUCUUUUUUUUGGAGCAUCAGCAUUCAUGUACCUUAAACCUUCUCCUCCUGGGACUUUGGAACAAGAAAAAGUAUCCACAGUUUUCUAUACCAUCGUGGGGCCAAUGAUGAAUCCUUUUAUUUAUAGUUUGAGGAACAAAGAUGUUCAUGUUGCACUGAGUAAGACUUUGGAAAGGGUGCUCUCCUAA